AUGUGCCUAUAUAUACUUUCAAGGUCUUCUUUGGCUUUCUCAUCCAAAGAACACAAUGGCCAGCAAGCUCUUUAUCUUCAUAUUUUUCAGUUCUCUUCCAUUUGUUGUUCUUUCUCAAUCUUUCAGCACGAUUCAAUUGCCACAAAAUGUAAGAGCUCCGGUGUCUCUCACCUUCGACCCCCUUGGAAAAGCACUUUAUGUUGCUGUCUCCGAUGGCAGGAUUCUCUGGUUGAAUUCUAAAUUUGGUUUCACAGAUUUUGCUUAUACUGCACCAACUAGGACCAAGCAAUUGUGUGAUGGUACAACUAACCCAGAUUUGGGACCUGUAUGUGGCAAACCAUAUAGUCUGAGCUUUAGCAGGAGAGGCGAUCUCUACAUUGUUGAUGCUUAUUUUGGGCUCCUAGUAGUUGGACGUAAUGGAGGGUUUGCGACCCAACUCGCCACUAGCGCAGAAGGAGUGCCAUUUCGCUUCCUUACUGCUUUGGAUGUCGACUUACUCACUGAAAUUGUUUAUUUCACAGACUUCAGCACAACAUUCGAGCUAAGAAAUAUAACGCAGCCAGGCGUACCUCCUGAUGCAACGGGAAGGUUUAUGAAAUAUGACCCUCGGACGAGGCAGGUCACCGUGUUGCUAAGAGGGCUCUCACGUCCUAGUGGGGUAGCAGUGAGUUUGGAUCGAUCAUUUGUGCUCGUUUCAGAGAAUUCUGCGAAUAGAAUUCUAAAGUAUUGGCUAAGAGGCCGUAAAGCGAAUACCGCGGAGAUCCUUAUAAGCCUUCCUGCAGCACCAAACCAAAUAAAAAGGAACCCAGUGGGAGAUUUUUGGGUGCCAAUAAGGGCAGUGGCCAAUCAACAACCAACAUCGGUUAUUAUGCCUAUAGGUUUAAAGAUCAAUCGAUUUGGAGUAGUGUUGGCAAGUAUAUCUUUCUCCGCGCAAUACUACAAUGUUAGUGUCAGUGUGGCGCUAGAGCUUAAUCAUGCAUUGUAUACUGGCUCUAGUUUUAAUGCUGUUGAUUUUGUUGGUGCUUAUACGAUCUGAAAAGCCAUGGUUACCUCAAAUGACUAGCUACUAGUAUACUACUAAAUAAGACAUUGCGGCUAGAGAUCGACCUUGAAUGUUUUUUUUUUUUAAAUCUUUGUUAAAUAAAUGAAAAGUAUGGCUGGGGAGAAAAAAUUGUGGUUCAAUAUCCUUGAGCAUUCCUUUUUCUGAA